AAUUGCCUUGGUUACUCCGGACACGAUUAGAAGACCAGCAUUAGAAAGGGGCUUCGCGCCGAAUUGAAUUGAAUUGAAUUGAAUUGAAUUAAAGUUGCCUAUUGAAGUCAUUGUAGUUAGAUUUGUGUACAUUUUCAGAAACAAUGAAGAUAGAGGAGGUGAAAAGCACCACGAAAACCCAGCGUAUUGCCUCACACAGCCAUGUGAAAGGUCUUGGACUAGACGAUGCCGGUAAUGCGAAGCAGAGUGCAUCAGGCCUGGUGGGACAGGAGACUGCAAGAGAGGCAUGUGGCAUCAUAGUGGAACUAAUUCGCUCCAAGAAAAUGGCAGGAAGAGCUGUAUUGCUGGCCGGACCUCCUGGAACUGGAAAGACGGCACUUGCCUUGGCGAUGGCUCAGGAGCUGGGGAAUAAAGUGCCCUUCUGUCCCAUGGUGGGCAGUGAGGUGUACUCAACAGAGAUCAAGAAAACAGAGGUGCUGAUGGAGAACUUCAGAAGGGCUAUUGGCUUGCGUAUUAAAGAAACUAAGGAGGUGUAUGAGGGCGAGGUGACGGAGCUGUCUCCCUGUGAGACGGAGAACCCUAUGGGUGGCUACGGGAAAACCAUCAGCCAUGUCAUCAUUGGCCUCAAGACGGGAAAAGGCACGAAGCAGCUCAAGUUGGAUCCAAGUAUCUAUGAGAGUCUGCAGAAGGAGAGGGUGGAGGUAGGCGAUGUCAUCUACAUCGAAGCCAACAGUGGAGCAGUCAAGAGGCAGGGACGCUGCGACACGUUUGCCACAGAGUUUGACCUAGAGGCUGAGGAGUAUGUCCCACUGCCCAAAGGAGACGUGCACAAGAAGAAGGAGAUCAUCCAGGACGUCACUCUCCACGACCUGGACAUAGCAAACGCCAGGCCACAGGGAGGACAGGACAUCAUGUCAAUGAUGGGACAACUGAUGAAGCCCAAGAAGACAGAAAUCACAGAUAAGUUGCGAGCGGAGAUCAAUAAGGUGGUGAACAGAUACAUAGACCAGGGUGUGGCGGAGCUGGUGCCGGGGGUGCUGUUUGUGGACGAGGUGCACAUGCUGGACAUUGAGUGCUUCACCUACCUGCACCGCGCCCUGGAGAGCUCCAUCGCCCCCAUUGUCGUCUUCGCCUCCAACCGCGGCAACUGCCUCAUCAGGGGAACGGAGGACAUCACCUCCCCUCAUGGCAUCCCUCUUGAUCUGCUGGACAGAGUCAUGAUCAUCAGGACCAUGCUCUACACUCCACAGGAGAUGAAACAGAUCAUUAAGAUUCGCGCACAGACUGAAGGCAUUACCAUCAGUGAGGAGGCUCUGACACACCUGGGAGAGAUCGGCACCAAGACCACGCUAAGGUAUGCUGUCCAGCUGCUGACGCCGGCCAGCCUGCUGGGGCGAGUGCAGGGGAAGGAGAGUGUGGAGAGGGAACAGGUGGAGGAGAUCAACGAGCUCUUCUAUGACGCCAAGUCCUCCGCCAAGAUCUUACAGGACCAACACACCAAGUUCAUGAAAUAACUCAUCUCUGCUUCAAUGUGAUUUGCUCUCUGUUCUCUCACUCGUACUGUCUACUGUUGGAGGUAGUUUUGAAAAACUUUUGUCAGAAUGUCUAUAUGUUUAACUUUAUGUUCUUUAAUAAAAAAAAUGUAAAACCA